AGUUUUUGGUUGCAAGACUCUUGUGGUAUUCAAGGUUUCUUGGUUCUGUCGUUCUUCGUGUGUAUUAAAGAAGUUUUAAGAACAAUAACUUCAAGAAUCGAUAAAACGAUACGGUUCUUGGAGAAUGUGGUCUUUUAUAAAGAAUUAGCUAAAGAUGGGAACUUUGGUGCAAUAUAUGAACUAGCAGAAUGCUAUGUUCAUGGUAAUGAUGCAUCUAAAAUGAGAAGGAGGAAACUUUGGUGCAAUAUACAAACUAGCAGAAUGCUAU